AUGUCAGAAGAAGAAGCUGACAAAGUUAUUCGGGUUGCUUUGUUUAAUUUGCUGAUCCUCAUUACAGGAAAGCUUGUUGUUGGAGACUCACUAGAGACAGACAGGAAGGUAUUGCUGGAACUGAGGUCACUUCUGGGGAAACAAAAUCCAGUUAAUCAAGGAAUAUACACACAAUGGAAUGUACAGGACAAUUCGCCCUGCAACUGGCCAGGAAUUUCGUGUGAUAGCCUCGGGAAUCGUGUCACGAGGAUCGACCUUUCGAGAUGCAAGUUGUCGGGGAACAUAUUGAGUAACUUUUCGGCCUUGACAAAUCUUUCUCACCUCGACCUGUCACAAAAUACUAUAGGAGGGAUCAUACCGGAAGAUUUAAGCCAGUGUGUGAACCUUAAAUUCUUGAAUUUGUCACAUAAUAUUAUCACUGGAGAGUUCAACUUGACAGCACUCAGCAGCCUGGAGAUUCUUGAUUUGUCCGUCAAUAGAAUUGUUGGUCCUAUUGAACAAGCAAUUCCUCAAAAUUGCCAAAAUUUGAAGGUGGUGAAUAUUUCUUUAAACAAUUUUACUGGUGAAGUUGGAAGCAUCUUCGAAAAGUGCUCGAAUCUGAUGUAUCUCGAUCUCAGCUCGAAUAAUUUGACUGGAGACAUAUGGCCUGGUUCAGAUAGGCUCGAGGAAUUUUCAGUCGCGCAGAACAAAUUCUCUGGCAGUGUUCCCUCGUCAAUUUUCACACGAAAUUGUAGUUUACGGAGUUUUGAUUUAUCAGAAAAUCAAUUCUUCGGAGAAUUUCCCGCAGAAAUUUCCAAUUGCAAAGGUUUGAAAGUGUUGACAUUAUGGGGAAACAAUUUUACAGGGCUGAUUCCUAAAGAGAUUGGAUCCCUAUCUAAUCUUGAGGCACUUUACUUGGGGAACAAUAGUUUUUCCAGGGAAAUUCCAGAGUCUUUAACAAAUCUUAGCAACUUGGUUUUUCUGGAUUUAAGCAGAAACAACUUUGGAGGAGUUAUACAAGAAAUUUUUGGGCGAUUGACGCGAGUGCAAUUUCUCUUGUUGCAUAAAAAUUCAUAUACAGGAGGGAUAUAUUCCUCAAGAAUUCUUCAACUGCCUAACAUUACUCGACUGGACUUGAGCUUCAACAAUUUCUCCGGUCCACUACCCGUACUCCCCAGGAUGACAAGCUUGAGGUUUCUCGUUCUGGCCUACAACCAAUUCAGUGGAGAUAUACCUUCAGAGUAUGGAAAUCUCAAAGGGCUUCAAGCCCUUGAUCUUUCGUUCAAUCAGUUAAAGGGGUCUAUACCUAAGAGCUUGGGAAAUUUAACCUCACUUUUGUGGUUAAUGUUAGCAAAUAAUUCAUUGACAGGUGAAAUUCCGGCAGAACUGGGAAAUUGCAGCAGCCUUUUGUGGUUGAAUCUUGCAAACAAUCAACUUUCAGGGAAAAUUCCACCUGAAUUAACAAAUAUUGGCAAGAAUGUGACACCUACUUUUCUAAAAAACCGGCAAAAUGAUCAGCUCGUGGCUGGCUCUGGGGAAUGUUUGACAAUGAUGAGGUGGAUACCGGCAGAUUAUCCCCCGUUUAGCUUUGUAUAUGACCUCCUUACGAGGAAAAAAUGUCGAAGUCUUUGGGACCAGAUUCUUAAGGGGUAUGGCCUAUUUCCAGUGUGUUCACCGGGAUCAAAUAUACGGACUCUUCAGGUAUCAGGCUAUGUCCAACUUUCCGGCAAUCAAUUGUCUGGUGAGGUCCCUCUCGAGAUUGGGAACAUGCUGAAUUUCAGUAUGGUGCAUUUGGGAUUCAAUCAAUUCUAUGGUAAAUUUCCUCCCGAGAUAGGACGAUUGCCACUAGUGGUCCUUAACAUUUCACAGAACAAAUUUUCUGGUGAAAUUCCUCGGCAAAUUGGCAACCUCAAGUGCUUACUGAACCUGGAUUUGUCAUAUAACAAUUUCUCAGGUUCAUUUCCUACUAGCUUGAAUAACUUGAAUGAUUUGAGCAAGUUUAAUGUCUCGUACAACUCGUAUAUUUCUGGCGUAAUACCAACAACUGGACAGUUGUCAACGUUUGAGAAAUGGUCGUUCCUCGGGGAUCCACUUUUACGCCUUCCUUCUUUCAUUAAUAACACAACUGACAAUUCAGGAAACAAGAAUGGAAGGGCUAAGAGGACUACAAAGGUAGGAUCUACUCUAGUGGUUUUCGCAUUGAUACUCGCCUUUUUAGUAUGUGGCCUUAUGACUCUCACAGUCUACCUGUUGGUGAAACGUCCAAUAGACACACAGGGAUAUCUACUGGAGGAUUCGAAGGCUCAGCUCGAAUUUGCAUCAAGCUCAGGUGCAUCUUCGCCUUGGUUAUCAGACACGGUUAAGGUUAUCCGAUUGGACAGAACAACGUUCACACAUGAUGACAUUUUGAAGGCUACUCGGAGCUUUUCGGAGGACAGAAUUAUUGGCAGGGGAGGAUCGGGAAUAGUUUAUCGAGGAGUCUUGCCGGAUGGCAGGCAAGUGGCAGUGAAGAAAUUACAAAGAGAAGGACUUGAAGGGGAAAAAGAAUUCCGAGCUGAAAUGGAGUUAUUAAGUGGAAAUGGAUUCGGUUGGCCUCAUCCGAACCUUGUGAAACUAUACGGAUGGUGCCUUGAUGGAUCAGAAAAACUUUUGGUUUACGAGUACAUGGAAGGUGGGACUUUAGAGGAUCUUAUUACCGACAGAAUACACCUUAACUGGCGAAGGCGUAUCGAUGUGGCAGUAGACGUUGCAUGCGCCUUAGUCUACUUACACCAUGAGUGCUUACCGAGUAUAGUACAUAGGGACGUCAAGGCUAGCAAUGUACUUCUCGACAAGACAGGAAAAGCCCGUGUUACAGAUUUUGGACUUGCAAGGGUGGUGGAUGACGGAGGCAGCCAUGUUAGCACUAUGGUAGCCGGAACAAUUGGUUACGUUGCACCAGAAUAUGGUCAGACAUGGCAAGCCUCAACAAAAGGGGACGUUUACAGCUAUGGGGUGUUAGCAAUGGAACUAGCAACUGGGAGACGGGCUGUGGAUGGUGGCGAAGAAUGUUUAGUCGAAUGGGGCAAAAGGGUUAUGGGAAAUGGACGACAAGGCUUUGUUAAAAAUGUAAUCCCCGUAGCUCUACUGGUAUCCGGCUUAGCAGAGGGUGCGGAAUAUAUGUGUGAAUUACUUCGUAUAGGAAUAUUGUGCACAGCAGAGAACCCUCAUUCUAGGCCUAAUAUGAAAGAAGUUUUAGCCAUGCUAAUAAGGAUUUCAGGCAGCCAAAGUGAUUGUUCUUCAGAAAAGUGUCAACAGUUUCAUUAG